AUGUCCAUCGGCCUGGCUCAUCGAAAUGCGCGGUUAUUUCGGCACCGCCAAUGGGUCACACCGAAAUCCUCAUUCAACAGUACCAACUCCCUCCACUUGCUGCUUCUCCAGUCACCAGACAGCGUAGGCUGUCUCCGGCUCAUCCUCCGCGGCGACGAAAAGACGGCGGACGCAACGCCCGUCCACCGCUGGACCAAGUGGUUUGGUUCGUUCUUCCGCAUCCCAAUGCCUCAGAAGGACCUUCCCUCUGCGACUGGUCGUCUGGCCAGCAGUGAAUAUCUCGUUAAUUUAUGA